AUGGCGCCCGCCCGCGCUCCCUGCCCGGCUUCGGGGCCCAGCCGGUCGACUUCACUGCACGCGCCUCAGUGAUCCCGCCUCGUUUCCGUAGGAAGAAGCGCCGGGAAACAUGGCGGUGGCUGCGGUUUGAAUUCCAGCGGCGCCGCCAGAGUCCGAACAAGAGCUGGAUUGGAGGGGGCGGGGACCUGGAGAUCCGGACGGAUAGCGAUCGCGGGGGAACGAGCGGUGCCGCCACCACGGACAUCAAUGCUUCCACCUCCUCUGUGUCCAUGAUGGAGUCGGUGUUGGAAGAGGACGUCACCCUCCCCGGGACUCUCAGCGGCUGCAGUGGCCUUGUCCCCAAGUUACCAGAUGACCUGGAUGGCAUCAGCCCCAUCGCUGGUUUGGGAAAUGGUGUGCUCCCAAAUGUGUCAGAAGAAACGGUGUCUCCCACCAGAGCCCGGAACAUGAAGGACUUUGAAAAUCAAAUCACUGAACUGAAGAAAGAAAACUUUAACCUAAAACUUCGCAUCUAUUUCCUUGAGGAAAGAAUGCAACAGGAAUUUGAUGGCCCCACCGAACACAUCUAUAAAACUAACAUCGAGCUCAAGGUGGAAGUAGAAAGUCUGAAGCGGGAGCUCCAAGAGAGGGAGCGGCUGCUCAUCAAAGCCUCCAAAGCAGUGGAGAGCCUCGCUGAAGGGGGCGGCUCUGAAGUUCGACGGGUGAAAGAGGACGCUCAGAAGAAGGUGCAGCAGGUCGAAGAUCUCCUGACCCAAAGAAUAUUCCUUUUACAAGAGGAGGUGAAAGCCGCCCAAGCAGAACUGGAAAAGGCCUUUGCAGGGACGAAAAUGGAGAAGGCUCUGCGGUUGAGCCUGGAAAACCAGCUUUCAGAGAUGAAGAAGAUGCACGAGGGGAACGUGGACAUGGCCCUGGUCCUGGAAGAAAAAGACAGACUGAUUGAGGAGCUGAAGCUGUCUUUGAAGAGCAAAGAAGCUUUAAUUCAGUGCCUUAAAGAGGAGAAAUCUCAGAUGGCGUCUCCUGAUGAGAAUGUGUCAUCUGGAGGGCUCCAAGGACUUUCUGCUGCUCCGAGGGAAGAAAAGGCGAGAGAAACUGAGGCUGCACAAAUGGAACACCAGAAGGAGAGAGAUCGCUUUGAAGAGAGGAUCCAGGCACUUCAGGAGGACCUGAGAGAGAAGGAAAGAGAAAUUGCCACAGAAAAGAAAAACAGUUUAAAGAGGGAUAAGGCCAUUCAGGGUCUAACCAUGGCGUUAAAGUCAAAGGAAAAAGAGGUUGAAGGACAGAACUCUGAAAUCGAAGGGCUCAAUGCUGCCCUUGCUAAAGCCAGAGAAGCCCAUCAGCAAGCAGAGGCCCAGAAAUUCCAGGGGGCUGCAGACUGCGAGGCUGCUCUGCUAGAAAAGGCAGCCCUUUUGGCUGAGCUGCACUCAGAAAACCUCACCAAGAGUACGGAGAACCACAGACUGCGGAAGAGCAUUAGGAAGGUCACCCAGGAGCUGAGUGACCUGCGGCAGGAGAAGGAGAGACUAGAGAAGGAGCUGGAGGCAGCUCAUCGAGACAAGAGCCAAGGAGACUGCGCCAUCCACGACCUUAGAAACGAAGUUGAGAAAUUACGCAACGAAGUGAAUGAAAGAGAGAAAGCAGUGGAGAAUCGUUACAAGGGUCUGUUGAGUGAAAGCUGUCAAAAAUUGCACAGGCAAGGGCAGGUGAUCAGACGUCUAGCAGAAAGCACCAGCCAAAAGGACCAGGACUUGUUGCUUCAGAAAUUCAGUGAAAAAGAUUCAGAAGCAAUACAGCAGCAGAAUCGUUCUUUAAUGACUGCGGAGGAUCUCAAGUUCAGGAGUGAAGACUUAAUAACGGAAAAGUGCUCUGCUCAACAGUCACCAGGCAGCAAAAGCAUCUUCUCCGAGGAAAAGCAACAAUUAGAAUAUGAAGAACUGAUUCAGGUGUUAAAGAAAGAGCAGGACAUCUAUGCCCACCUGGUAAAAUCUCUGCAGGACUCGGACAGUGUCAACAAACUGCAGGCUGAAUUAAGCAACAUUUUAGCCCUGCGGAAGCAGCUGGAGCGGGAUGUGCUCUCCUACCGGAAUUUGCAAAAGACGCUGGAGGAGCAGAUCAGCGAAAUUCGGAGGCGGGAAGAAGAACCAUUUUCAUUUUAUAGUGAUCAAACAUCUUAUCUGAGUAUUUGCCUUGAAGAGCAUAAUCGGUUUCAAGUGGAGCAUUUUUCUCAAGAAGAACUUAAGAAAAAGGUCAGUGACCUUUUACAGCUGGUGAAGGAACUGCAUACAGACAACCAGCACCUGAAGAAAGCCAUUUUUGAUCUCUCCUGCAUGGGUUUCCAGGGGAAUGACAGACUUGAAUCAGUAGAAGAAACGGAGCUUCCGGCUGGCAAGGAAGACGAGGACACAAUCAAAAUUGGAGAGGAUGUGGAGAAUCAUUACCGGACUGACCAGCAUUUGGAACAGAGUACCAAGAUUAUGGAGGACUAUUCCAAAGGGGGCUGCAAAAAUGGAUAUUUGAGGCACACGGAUUCCCAUAUUUUAGACUACGAUGGAGCCCACAAACCUGGCCGCCCUGGAGACCAGCGUCUGGAGGAGAGCGAGCUCAUGAACCUGCUCGCCCCUUUCUUCAACGAGAAGGCCACGUUGUUAUUGGAAUCCAGGCCAGACCUUCUGAAAGUGCUCCGUGAACUGCUUCUGGAACCGGUAUGUGUGACAGAGCAGGAGGUUUCCAGAGAACACCUCGAUGGCAAAACCGAGAAGACACUUAAGCAGAUGGCUUUUCAGUUACAAGGUGAACUUGGACGUUUCAUCCAAGCCAACUCAUUGUCCCAGCCGCAUGACGAACCGGAGCUGUCCAAGGUGGAGCUGAAAGAUGCCUCGGUGCAGACCGUGGCCACGGAGGGCGGCAGGCUCAGACUCAGACAAGGAGAAGACAAGCGAGAGGCCUGGGAAGAGAAACUGACAGGCGCCGCGUUGGGUCCUGAGCCUCGGCCCGAGAACAUGCGGAGGGCGCCCUGGCGUCAGGCCACUCACCCUUCCUUCCCCAGUGCGACCGACAAAGAUGCUAAAAAGUCCCGCUUGCCCAUCCUCGUAAAACCAUCCCGGUCGUCAGGAAGCGUGUCUCGGACCCCGGCCAUGCAGGAGGUGGUGGCCCAGCUGCAGGGCCAGAUCUUGGAGCUGCAGGAGGAGCUAAAGGAGUUUAAAACUCGCAAUAAGCAACUUCACCAAAAGUUAAUUCUGGCCGAAGCAGUGAUGGAGGGGAGGCCAGCGCCAGACAAAACGCUACCGAAAGACUCUGAAAUUUACCAGCCCAGUGACCUUGCCAUCUUGCCAACGCUCAAAGAGAAUCCUUCUGGAGAUUUUCGGGGCACAACUUCAGUGGCUAUUAACCUGAGUUCUAAGAGUCAGCUUUCCACUAAAGUCGGUGUGAUUGGAACUGAUCAGUCUGAGAACAUCGAUACCUCAAAUGACACAGAAAACUUAAAACAGAAAAUCCGUGACUUGGAAACCGAGCUCGAGAGCUACCGGAAUUUCAUAUUUCAGCUUCAAAAGCACUCCCAGUGCAGCGAGGCCAUUAUCACAGUUUUGUGUGGGACAGAAGGGACCCAGGACGCCUUGAACAAGCCCAAGGGCAGUACUGAUGAAGAAGAAAUGACCUUUUCAAGUUUGCACCAAGUACGUUAUGUGAAACACCUGAAAAUCCUGCAUCCGCUGGCCCCCGAGAUGGUUGACGGCAAGAUGCUGGAGAGCCUCGAACAGCAGCUAGCGGAACAGGAAUGUGAGCUGCAGAAGGAGCAGAAUCUGAACUUGGAACUUUUCAGCGAAAUCCAUAACCUGCAGAAUAAGUUCAAAGAUCUCUCGUCCUCAAGAUACAAUUCAUUAGUUCAGUCCCAGGCCAGGGAGCUCUCCCUUCAACGGCAGCAGAUUAAGGAUAGCCAUGGCAUCUGUGUCAUUUAUCGUCAACACAUGAACACCAUGAUUAAGGCAUUCGAGGAGUUGCUUCAGGCCAGCGAUGUGGAUUACUACGUGGCCGAGGGUUUCCAGGAGCAACUGAAUCAGUGCGCUGAGCUGCUUGAGAAAUUGGAAAAGCUGUUUCUCAACGGAAAAUCAGCUGGAGUGGGAAUGAGUGCCCAGGAUGAACCGGUGGAGAGGUCAAGGACUGAGGACGACAACUUGACCUACAAACACAUUCUACCCGAGUCUCCUGAGCCUUCAGCCUCUCAUGCCUUGUCCGAUUGUGAAAUAUCCGAAAAGUCCUCCUCACAAGACCAGAAGCAGGACAGCGAGAUGGAGAAGACUUCAGUUAUAGCGAACAAUUUUUCUCAAGACCUACUAAUGGAACAUCUACAAGAAAUUCGAAGUUUGCGAAGACGUUUAGAAGACUCUAUUAAGACAAAUGAACAGCUGCGGAGACAGCUGGAACGACAGGAGUCUGAGUUUGAUCCAGGUUCUUCAAACAUUUUUGCUUACGAUUCAGAGCUGCAUAAUUCUCUGACAUCAGAAAUUCGUUUCCUGAGGAAGCAGAACCAGGCCCUCAAUACAAUGCUUGCUAAAGGGUCUAGAGAUAAACAGAAGGAGAAUGAAAAAUUACGAGAGUCCCUCUCCAGGAAGACUGCGAACCUUGAGCACCUCCAGCAAGAGCUUGCCUGUGUGAAGGGAGAGAAGGACAGGCUGCAGAAGGAGGUGGGCGAGAAGGAGAGGCACAGCCAGCAGCUGCUCCAGGAGCUCUGUGACAGCCACAGCGAGCUGAGCAGGGUGCAGGAGGAGGCGGAGUGGAGGCAGCAGCUGCUCUCCCAGAACGACAAGCUGCUCCAGUCCCUCCGAGUGGAGCUGAGGGUGUAUGAGAAGCUGGACGAGGAACACAGAACCCUGAGAGCUUCCGGAGCAGAGGCGUUGGCAGACGGCUGGCAGGGGCGGGGCGCUCUCGGGGACCUGCACGGCCUCCUGACAGAGGUCCAGGCCCUGCGGGCGCAGCUGGAAAGGAGCAUCGAGACCAACUGUGCGCUGCAGAGCAAGCUGGAGGAGCAGCUGGCGAAGGGCGGAAGAAAGGCCCAGGACGCAGCACUCGCCUCGGCUCUCCAGACCCUGCCCACCCCCGAGCGGCCCCUUCGGCUGGACAGACACGAUGGCGACACCUGUCCCAUGGCGACUGAAAAUGCGUAUGAUCUGUUUGAUUCCACCGUGGCAGCGCCACCAACAUCAGCUUCAGAGACUCCUUCGCUCUCUGUCAAUGACAUGGACUCCCUCUCCUGCGUCAGUAUCAGCUCAGCCACCAGCAUCCCGUGCAUGUCUGGCCUGGUCCCUGGCCGCCACUUGUGGGCCAGCGAGAGUGGCUGCCACGUCCUGGGCAUGAUUGAGGACUAUGAUGCCCUCUGUAAGCAGAUUGGCCAGGGCCAGAAGCUCCUUGCCGAGAUGGACAUUCAGAUUCAAGAGGUUCCCAGCCCCACAGGUCGAGAGCUGGAAACGAAGGGUCUACACUCGGCACCCCUGAGCAGGUUCGUCACCACCGUGAACACAGCCAAGCUGACCCUGGAAGAGGCCGCGAGGUUACUGACGCUUCUCUGGAGGGUCUCACUCCCCACAAAUGGCCAGUGCACCCUUCACUGUGAGCAGACUGGAGAAACAGAGGCAGAGAUCACCAAGCUACACAAAAAGUUGUUUGAACAAGAAAAGAAGUUGCAAAACACCAUGAAGCUUUUGCAGCUGAGCAAGCACCAGGAAAAAGUCAUCUUUGAUCAGUUGGUCGUGACCCACAAAAUCCUUCGAAAGGCCAGAGGAAACCUGGAGCUUAGGCCCGGGGGUGCCCAUCCAGGAACGUCCAGUCCCAGCAGACCCGGCUCCUGAGAACUUGCAGCCAAUAAAGCUUGUGGUUCCCCCUGA